CGGCCGCGAGGGGAGGGGGAAUCCCGUCUGACUGAGACGGCAGGCCUGGGCGGGCGGGGGUGCCGCGCAGGGCGGAGCGCCGGGCUAGGGAUGAGCUAAGCGGGUUCGGAGCGCCGCGGCAUUCAACCCCUCGUGUCCUGCCGCCGCUCGUGAGUGGACCCGGCACCGCUCUCAAACCUGGACCCGCUGUUCGCGCCGGAGCCAGCGGUGAGUGUUUCUCAAACUCUGAGGCGUGCAUAAUUCACAAAUUGAGACCUGGCAUCAUUUUCAGAGAGAGGCUUUCAGUAAUGUAGUUAGCCUAGAUAGCAAAUGCUUUACUGCUUGACCUAAUGGAGUGGUAGAAGAAGUAAAAAAGAUUCUGAAUUGACUGGGCAGAGAUUGAAAGGGAGAAAAACAGGUGUAACCUUCUGUAAUGGAAGAUGAUUGAAGAUAAGGGGCCUCGUGUUGCUGACUACUUUGUUGUAGCAGGAUUAACUGAUGUUUCAAAGCCUCUUGAAGAAGAAAUUCACUUCAAUGAUGCCUGUCAUAAAGUAGCUAAACCAAAAGAACCUAUCACAGAUGUUUCAGUUAUUAUUAAAUCUCUGGGGGAGGAAGUGCCACGGGAUUAUACCUGUAUUGACAUUACCCCAACUGGAUUGUCAGCUGAUCUCAACAAUGGGAGUCUUGUGGGGCCACAGAUUUUCCUUUGCUAUAGAAGAGGAAGAGAUAAACCUCCACUUACAGAUCUGGGGGUUUUAUAUGACUGGAAAGAAAGAUUGAAACAAGGGUGUGAAAUUAUUCAGAGUACUCCCUACGGACGCCCUGCAAAUAUUAGUGGCAGUACCUCAUCACAAAGAAUUUAUAUCACUUACCGAAGAGCCUCUGAAAACAUGACUCAGAAUACGUUGGCUGUUACAGACAUAUGUAUUAUUAUACCCAGUAAAGGAGAAAGUCCACCACACACAUUCUGCAAAGUUGACAAGAAUCUCAAUAACAGUAUGUGGGGAUCAGCAGUGUACCUAUGUUAUAAAAAAUCGGUGGCAAAGACUAACACUAUAUCUUACAAAGCUGGUCUAAUUUGUAGAUACCCUCAAGAAGACUAUGAAUCCUUCUCACUCCCAGAAUCUGUUCCCCUAUUUUGUUUACCAAUGGGUGCAACUAUUGAAUGUUGGCCACCAAACAGCAAAUACCCUCUACCUGUCUUUUCUACUUUUGUGUUAACUGGAGCCUCAGCUGAAAAGGUCUAUGGUGCUGCUAUUCAGUUUUAUGAACCAUACCCUGAGGAGAAUCUCACGGAAAAACAGAGAUUUCUGUUGGGUUUAGCAUCAUCAGCAGACGAGAAGUCUGACAGUUCCAAAACAAUUCACACUAAUAAAUGCAUCUGUCUUCUUUCUCACUGGCCUUUUUUUGAUGCAUUCAGAAAGUUUCUGACUUUCCUGUACCGUUAUUCCAUCUCUGGACCUCAUGUCCUUCCAAUUGAGAAGCAUAUUUCUCAUUUUAUGCAUAAAGUUCCUUUUCCAUCUCCUCAGAGACCAAGGAUUUUAGUUCAGUUAUCACCACAUGAUAACCUGAUUCUCAGUCAGCCUGUUUCUUCACCUCUUCCGCUAAGUGGUGGCAAGUUUUCAACACUACUUCAGAAUUUAGGUCCUGAAAAUGCUGUGACGCUACUGGUGUUUGCAGUAACAGAACAUAAGAUUCUCAUUCAUUCCCUACGGCCUUCUGUGCUUACCAGUGUGACAGAAGCAUUAGUGUCUAUGAUUUUCCCUUUCCACUGGCCAUGCCCCUAUGUUCCUCUCUGCCCACUGGCUUUAGCAGAUGUCUUGAGUGCACCAUGUCCAUUCAUAGUAGGAAUUGAUUCAAGAUACUUCGAUCUCUAUGACCCUCCACCAGAUGUUAGUUGUGUUGACCUAGAUACCAACACCAUUUCUCAAACUGGAGACAAGAAAAAUGUAGCCUGGAAGAUACUUCCAAAGAAACCAUGUAAAAAUCUGAUGAACACACUGAAUAAUUUGCACCAGCAGCUGGCAAAAUUGCAGCAGAGACCAAGAGAUGAUGGGCUAAUGGACUUAGCAAUGAAUGACUAUGAUUUUAAUUCUGGAAAGAGGUUGCACAUGAUAGAUCUGGAAAUCCAAGAAGCAUUUUUGUGUUUCAUGGCCUCUAUUUUAAAAGGUUAUAGGUCAUACUUGAGACCAAUAACGCAAGCCCCCUCUGAGACAGCCACAGAUGCAGCCUCUCUUUUUGCCCUGCAAGCUUUCUUAAGAAGCCGGGACCGGUCACAUCAGAAAUUCUAUAACAUGAUGACCAAAACACAGAUGUUUAUUCGCUUCAUUGAGGAAUGUUCUUUUGUCAGUGAUAAAGAUGCAAGCCUGGCGUUUUUUGAUGAUUGUGUAGAUAAAGUGGAUAUGGACAAGAGUGGUGAAAUGCGACUUAUAGAACUGGAUGAAUCCUUCAAAAGUGAACAUACUGUUUUUGUAACACCACCUGAGAUCCCCCAUCUACCCAGUGGUGAAGAACCCCCUUUACAGUACAGCUAUAAUGGAUUUCCAGUUCUUAGGAACAAUUUAUUUGAGAGACCUGAAGGAUUUCUACAAACACGAAAGAGCAAAUUGCCUUCAAAAUCAAGUAGCCCUAGCAGCCCUUCUCCCAUGUUCAGAAGAACCAAACAGGAAAUUAAAUCAGCCCAUAAAAUUGCCAAGAGGUAUUCUUCCAUUCCUCAGAUGUGGUCUCGGUGUCUGCUGCGUCACUGUUACGGACUGUGGUUUAUCUGUCUCCCAGCUUACGUGAAAGUAUGUCAUUCAAAAGUCAGGGCCCUGAAAACAGCCUACGACGUGCUUAAAAAGAUGCAGUCAAAGAAGAUGGAUCCACCCGAUGAGGUGUGCUACCGCAUCCUCAUGCAGCUCUGUGGACAGUACGACCAGCCCGUGCUUGCAGUUCGAGUGCUUUUUGAAAUGCAGAAAGCCGGCAUUGACCCCAAUGCCAUUACUUAUGGUUAUUAUAAUAAGGCUGUUUUGGAAAGCACCUGGCCUUCGAGGAGUCGUAGUGGCUAUUUCCUUUGGACAAAAGUGAGAAAUGUUGUUUUAGGAGUAGCACAGUUCAAAAGAGCUUUAAAGAAACAUGCACAUUUGUCCCAAACAACCCUCUCAGCAGAUGGCAGUGACCUGGAUGCUGUUAGUCAUGGCAGCAUGGAUAGUGGUCAUGGGACACACACUGUGGAGCAGGCACCUUUUAAUACAGGUUUAAUCAAAGUGUAUGCUUCUGAUGAUAGAUCUAGUACAGGUGGCCAGUCUGAUCUUGGAUAUAAUUCAUUAUCUAAGGACGAAGUUAGAAGAGGGGAUACAUCUGCUGAGGACAUUCAAGAAGAAAAAGAUAAGAAAGGGAGUGAUUCUAGUUCUUUGUCAGAGAGUGAGAGUGCAAAAGGCAGUGCUGACUGCCUUCCGAAGCUCAAUUACCAGCGUUCUGCCAGUAUAGUUCGCCUCACUGGUACAAGUAACAGUGCUGAUAAACUAUCAGGAGAAAACACGGAAAGCACACCUGAGCCGCUCUUAAUAUCCUCUUUUGAGGAUACAAAUGAAACAGGAAAUAUUCAAAGUAGACGCUUCAGGAAAAGACAUAAAAGCGACAAUGAGCCUAAUUUGCAGCAGCAACUGUCCUGGGGAAAUAGGAACCGCAAUCUUAGUGGAGGAGUACUGAUGGGACUUAUGCUCAAUAGAAUUAACCAGGAAGCACACCCGGGAGAGAUGGUUGGAAAAUUAGGAGCCGAUGCAAAAAUUCUUUCAAAUGUUAUCUCGAAAAGCACAAGGCCAAACAGUCUUGAUAUUGGAAAGCCAUCUUUAAGAUCAAAAAGAGACAGUCUAGAAAAGGAAUCUAGUGAUGAUGAUACACCUUUUCAUGGUUCUAACUGCCUGGCAGAUAAAGUGGAUUCCCCUGUUAUUUUUGACUUAGAAGACUUAGACGGUGAGACAGACGGAUCUAAAGUGGGAUACGUUGCUACACAAAAUCCCAAGAGGGGUCAACGCUUGAACAGCAGCUUUUCGGUAAAACCUUUUGAAAAAACUGAUGUUGCUACAGGAUUUGAUCCCCUCUCUCUCUUGGUUGCUGAGACUGAACAGCAGCAAAAGGAGGAGGAGGAAGAGGAGGAAGAGGAUAGCAAAGGCGUUUCAACACCAUCUGCUCGGCGGGAUUUGGCUGAAGAAAUUGUCAUGUAUAUGAACAACAUGAGCAGUCCUUUGACAAGCCGGACACCAAGCAUUGAUUUACAACGGGCAUGUGAUGAUAAAGUAACCACUAAGAAAAGUCCAACAUUGGUCAAGGCAUGCCGAAGAUCCAGCCUGCCUCCUGAUUCCCCGAGGCCAGCGAGACUUACCAAAUCUAAAAGCUAUUCAAAAAACGAGGACAGACCGAGGGACAGACUCUGGUCUUCUCCGGCCUUCUCACCUAACUGCCCAUUUAGGGAAGACUCUCAAGAUGCACUAACCCAUUCAUCACCUUCAUUUAAUUUAGAUACACUGCUCGUACCUAAACUAGAUGUUCUGAGAAACAGUAUGUUCACUGCUGGAAAAGGGGUUGCAGAGAAAGCAAGCAAAUGGUAUUCAAGAUUCACCAUGUAUACCACAUCAUCUAAGGAUCAAAGUUCUGAUCGUACCAGUCUUUCUUCAGUGGGAGCCCAGGAUUCUGAAUCUACCUCUUUGACAGAUGAAGACGUCUGCCAUGAGUUGGAAGGGGCCACUUCUCAAGAGAGCGGUGCCACUUCAGGGACUAAGGGAACUGAUUUCAGCAGAACAAGCCUGGAAAGUUCUGCCUCCUUAGAAGGAUCCUUGUCCAAGUUUGCCUUACCCGGGAAGUCAGAAGUGGCAUCUUCCUGUAACACGAGUAGUACAAAUAUCUUCCAGAACUAUGCAAUGGAGGUUCUCAUCUCCAGCUGCUCUCGGUGCAGAACCUGUGACUGUCUUGUCCAUGAUGAGGAGAUCAUGGCUGGCUGGACAGCAGACGACUCAAAUCUCAAUACUACGUGCCCAUUCUGUGGCAAUCUUUUCUUGCCCUUCCUGAAUAUCGAAAUAAGAGAUUUAAGACGCCCUGGAAGAUACUUUUUGAAGUCAAGCCCAUCUACAGAAAAUAUGCAUCUUCCGUCCUUUUCAAGUCAGACAAGGCCAUCUUGUAUCUCAACAUCAGCCUCUGAUCUUGACAAAUCUGUUAUCUCUGUUCAGCGGACUUUUGAUCUAAAUAGCAAAUCUAAACUUCUGGAAAAUACGUGUUCACAAAGUAUUCAGAUCCCUGCUGACAGAUCAAAAACAGCUAUGUCAAAAUGUCCGAUAUUUCCAAUGGCCAGGAGUGUUAGUUCUUACGGCCCCUUGGGUAAGGAGGACGCUGGAGGGCAGAAGAUCAUUCCUACAGGCAGCCUGCCAGCUACUUUACAAGGAGCUACAGAUUCUUUAGGGUUAGAAUGGCACCUCCCAAGUCCAGAUCCUAUCACUGUUCCGUAUCUUAGUCCUUUAGUGGUGUGGAAGGAGCUUGAAAGCUUAUUGGAAAAUGAAGGCGAUCAUGCAAUAACAGUGGCAGAUUUUGUGGACCAUCAUCCAAUUGUUUUUUGGAACCUGGUGUGGUAUUUUAGACGUCUUGACUUACCCAGUAAUUUACCUGGAUUGAUUCUCUCUUCUGAACAUUGUAACAAGUAUUCAAAGAUUCCUCGCCACUGUAUGUCUGAAGAUAGUAAACAUGUUUUAAUCCAGAUGUUGUGGGACAACAUGAAAUUGCAUCAGGAUCCGGGACAGCCCUUGUACAUCCUCUGGAACGCCCACACCCAGAAGUAUCCAAUGGUCCAUUUAUUGCAAAAAGGUGAUAAUUCAUUUAACCAGGAAUUAUUGAAAAGUAUGGUAAAAAGCAUUAAAAUGAAUGAUGUCUAUGGACCAAUGAGUCAGAUUUUAGAGACACUGAAUAAAUGUCCUCAUUUUAAAAGACAGAGGAGUUUAUAUAGAGAAAUACUGUUUCUCUCACUUGUGGCACUGGGAAGAGAAAACAUUGAUAUAGAUGUAUUUGAUAAAGAAUACAAGAUGGCAUACGAUCGCCUCACACCGAGUCAAGUCAAGAAUACACACAACUGUGACAGGCCGCCAAGUACUGGGGUGAUGGAAUGUCGCAAAACCUUUGGAGAGCCUUAUCUUUAGGACACGUGUGCGUGCGCGCGUGCGCGCGCGUGUGUGUGUGUGUGUGUGUGUGUGUACUGCCAGUAAGUAUUGUACAGUCAGUGUAUAAAAUAACACUUUCAGACUCUAAACUUUUUUCUUCGAUUUUUAAAAAUACAUUUGUAAAUGGUUCAGAAAGUCCAGAUAGUUUAUGUACAGAAUGUCUGAAAGAGAAAGUAAGUGACAGGUGGGAGAGAGCCACUUAGUGUCCAUUUUUUCCCCCUCCGGUUAACAAGUAAUUAAGUAUUUUUGUAAUGAGGAAAGCUCUAAACAAAAAAUUAGUUCCCAUAAAAGAAGACAACUGUUUUACGGUUUCUCUUGGAAGAGGCAGAUUAAAACAUCGUGUAUGGAACUUAAACAAAUGUAAGAUGCAAGUAUCUCCUGUUUUCACAGAUGAUUCAAAAUGUUUUGACCAUGAAGUUGUAUUAUACAUAUUUUAAACUGUUUAUAGUAAGUUGCUAUUUUUUUAAUUUUUAAACUUAAUAUAGCAAACAAAAUGAACUUAAACUUAUGAAGCAAGGCAGUUAAGUGCUUAUUUGUCUGCUACUUGAAGUUAAUGCAGCUGCAGGUCUCUAUAUGUGUAUCUGUCUCUCUGUAUUUUGUUACUUGGGAGAAUGAUUCCAAAAGGUCACGUUAGUGUCACUGUUGUCCCCUGAGCGCAGGGAGCGCGUCACAGCGGGGGUGUGCGUGGCCCAGCCUGACUCAUUGAUCCUCGUGGAAGGAGAGCCAGAGAGGUUCCAGGUUGGCUUCUAUAAAGUCAGGCUCGAUAUACCACGAGUCCAGAAUUUCCUCUGUUGUUAAUAGGUACGUACAGUACACAGGGAAGGUAGCUUAACAAAGCCAAAUGUUCUACAUGCACACUUAUGCUGGGAAAUAUGUUAGUUUCUCCCAAAUUUGAACUUUAUUUUAAUAUCUGAAAUAUUGGGUAUGAUGCAAAUUGUACUAUAUUUAUCUGGAAUAUAACCUACUGGAAUAGUCUGUUAAUAUAUAUAUAUAUAUAUAUAUAUAUUCAAAAUAUUUUUUCAAAAGUAGAAAAAUAAUAACUCUCUAAACGUACAGCCAGAUAGAAUUUCCCAUAUUGAGGAACUUGGCUUUUUCAAUAAGCCUUCAGAAUCUGGUUUAUGGAAUCUAAAAUCCAGAAAUAUCCAGAAAUCAGACAAUAAACUGAAUGUUUAAGCACUAUGGGUAUUAAAUAGACUCUUAAAAAGUAUUGGUAGUCCCAUUAUUUCUAAUAUCAUUUUCUUUGGGUAAUUUCUGAUAAAAAGUGUCCUUUGGCUGUUAGAAUUAUUUAUAGAUUUUCAAGGUGUCUGUGUGGUGUGUGUUUGCACACAUUGUCAUUAAUGAAGGAAUUCUCUAGCCACUGUCAAAGAAGAAAAAAAAAAAGAAUGGUCCUCAGUCCAAUGUGUAAAAGCCCACAGAGUUCAGGGCACUGGGACUGGAGUUACCUUAAAGUCCUAAGACUUACAACCAGUUCAGCUGUAGGAAAAAACCCUUGAGUUCACACUGUUAGUGAAUAGCACCGAGCUGAAACACUUCAACGGCUUUCUGCUCUGGGAAGUAAUGGGGAAGGUUUAAAAAUAUAAAAUUUUAGUUCAGUUAGUUUGGGGCUGAACUUGAUUACUUGAAAAAUCUGGUGCUAUGCACGUGUGUCUGCCUCUCCUUUGUAAAUACCACUCCUGUCUGGUCCUUCUUUACUAUUCAAGGUCUUAGCCUCGCGCUCUGUUUUAUGUUCUCUAAGUCAUCAUCAUUUGAAAGUUGUCAAAUGGGAGAAACAUUCGAUGGGUGUGGCUUUUGGCACUGGUGACAAACAUCCCUCCAAGCAGAAUUCUGAGGCUCCGUUCUAGUUUUUUGUUACUGUUUUUUUCCCCUUAAAAGAACGGCUUUUCACGAUUGAUUACCUUUUCUCUACCGGGAGCAAUGAGUCAUAGUUUAUUGGUUUCAAAUACCUGACCAAAAAAAGUAAGGUAAAGCCCAUUCUUUAUGGCUCAUCCUCAUUUGGAAAAGUGGUUGCAAUUUGUUAUCCCCCCCCCCCAACACCAAGUUUUGUUUCUGCUUUUGGUUAGGUUUUAUUUCCCCUAUUUUUAAUCCCCAGGGUCUAUUAUUUGCACAUAUUUACUCUUUAAAAAUAAAACCUAAAACAUGAAGAAAAAGUGGUAAACCCUGCUCAAAAGAAAACUAAAAUGUAGAUCAUCUUUUAAAAUAACACCAUAUAAACUUUUCUUUGAUUUUCUCUCUGUUGACCAUACAUUUUAGAGAAUCACGGCCAAUCAUGUUGGCGAGAAAUACCCUUUUGCUACAUUAUCUGUCUUUUAUUUUCUUCUUCUUCGUUUACCAGUUGAAAAUAAACCAUGCUGUGUCCGGUA